AUGUUCGAGCAUAUUCGUGACGUGGCACUGCCAAUCGGUGUGAUAGCACCAUUCUCGGGCAAUUUGUCAGUGUGCUGGUUGGACACACGAAAUAUCACAUAUGCGGCGUUGUCUCAACACUCGAAUGUAGGUUCAAAAUUAAAAAAAAAACAAAUUUGUACUCUUCCUAAUCCGAUAAAUGUACAUAAGGUCUACAUUUUUUCGCUAGACUAGACUACUAUAAUCCUUUUUAGAGUGUUUUGUGUGUACUUUGGUUAGGGGGGGGGGGAUUAUUAAGAUUAGAGGGAGGAGGGUAAUUUGUUAUGAAUAGGGUGACGUUUUGAAACAUUUUUGCGAAGCUUAGAGAUCCUUGAGAUCAUGAAAAAAAUUGAGAAGCUUGAGAAGCCUAAUAAGCCUAAGCCUAACCCUUUGAAGCCUAAGUCUAAGAAGCUCAAAAAGCAUGAGCCCAACCCUUUGAAACCCAAAAAGCUUAAGCCUAACUCUCUGAAGCCCAAAAAGCUUGAGAUUAACCUUUUGAAGCCUAAGAAGCUUAAGCCUACCUCUCUGAAGCCUAAAAAGUUCCAUUCUAACUCUUUGAAGCCUAAAAAGCUUAAGCCUAACCCUUUGAAGCCUAAAAAGCUUAACCAUAACCCUUUGAAGCCUAACAACCCUAAGCCUAACCCUUUGAAGCCUAAAAAGCUCAAGCCUAAACCUAAAAAACCUAAAAAGCUUAAGCCUAACCCCUUGAAGCCUAAAAAGCUUAAGCCUAACCCUUUGAAGCCCAAGAAACUUAAGCCUAACCCUUUCAAGCCUGAGAAGCCUAAGCUUCAGCUUAACUCUUUGAAGCCUAACAACCUCAAGCCUAAGUCUAAAUUGCCUAAGAAGCUUAAGCCUAAGCUUUUGAAUACCGAAAUGCUCAAUUCUAACCAUUUGAAGCCUAAGAACCCUAAGAAUCCUAAGCCUAACCCUAAGAAAGAAAACCUCCAGGUCCACAUUGCCAACUGGGACAACAAAACAGAUUCCGAAAUCAACUGGGAAACCAUCAACAUCGUCGACGAGGUCACCGAUCGUCCGGUCGAAAUCACAGCUGUCGGUUUGGUCCAUCCGAAUGCUCGCAAUUUCCCAGUCGUCAUUGUCGGAUCAACAACAUCGGUGCAGAUCUAUGAUGUGAAGAAGAAUGUGACACGUGUCAUGUUUCAGAUUUCUUUGGAGAGUAUUUUGAAGGAGUAUAGUGUUAACAAAGAUGUUGGCGCUUAUUGUAAAGGAAUCAGUUGUAAUGACAAUACAGUGCUAGUUGGUGAGCGUUUUCGUCUGAUUCUCUAGUCUCUGACUUUCCCUAACUUCAGGAACACACAGUGGCGAAAUCAUGAUGCUCAUGUGCAACGGUGAAUCCAACUUCUCCUCGCGAAAAACAUUAAAAGAGCACAAAACCCCGGUGGCUGAUAUUGCCACGUGUCGCUACGAUGAAAUAACAUGCAGUGCUUCGGGUGAUGGUGAAAUUAUUGUGUGGCAAAAGCCCGUGAAAGCGGUGUCGAUUCGGAUUUUGACCAAGUGAGUUGGAUUUCUGCUCUGCGAAUCUCGGACCUUCGAAAAAAAUCCAAUUUUUUCCAGACACCCCAUAAACAUUGUUAAUGUUUUGCGAAAACAUGUGAUUGUCGGAACUUUGCGUGGAAUUAUUCAAUUUUAUAGCGUUCUGACUGGCGAUUUGGCGUGCCAGGUACAUAAUUUCAGAGCAUUUUUUUUAAGAUACCAGAUUCAAAUUUAUAGAUUCACGCGCAUGCUCGUCCGAUUUCUUCAAUUUCGGUGGCUCCAGAAAGUGCCUACAUUUUAUCAGCUUCUGAAGACAGUCAAUUCUUCAUUUACAAACUUCACACCAGGAAACCACAUCCCUUUCAGGUUAGAGAGAUCUAGAAAUCUAGAUUUUUUCAAUUUUUCCAGGCUGAACAUCGCUUCGGAAUGCAUCUCCCUGACAAAUUAAUCGUUGGUGCACAAUUCACCAACGGUCGUGGAAGUUCAGUGGCAGUUGCCAGCUAUGAUCAAACCGCCAUCUCAAUGUACAAAAUAAAAAAAUUGCAAGCACCACUUCCAGCUGCAGCUGAACAACCUAUUCAACCUCAGGUUUAA